AUGUCCGCAGCACCUGGGCCCCCGGACCCCAACAGCUCCCAGGCCCCCAAGCAGGACCCGGGCACCAAGCAGAAGCAGAAGCAGGACCCCACACAGCCCCAACAGCUCCCGGGCCCCAUGCAGAAGCAGAAGCAGGACCCCACACAGCCCCAGCAGCUCCCGGGCCCCCAACACCCGGGCCCCAAGCAGCACCCGGGCCCCAAGCAGCACCCGGGCCCCAAGCAGCACCCGGGCCCCAAGCAGCACCCGGGCCCCAAGCAGCACCCGGGCCCCAAGCAGCUCCCGGGCCCCACACAGCUCCCGGGCCCCACACAGCUCCCGGGCCCCCAAGCAGCUCCCGGGCCCCAAGCAGAAGCAGGGCCCCACACAGCUCCCGGGCCCCACACAGCUCCCGGGCCCCCAAGCAGGACCCGGGCCCCCAACAGCUCCCGGGCCCCCAAGCAGGACCCAGGCCCCCAACAGCUCCCGGGCCCCCAAGCAGGACCCGGGCCCCCAACCGCUCCUGGACCCCAAGCAGGACCCGGGCCCCCAACCGCUCCUGGACCCCAAGCAGGACCCGGGCCCCCAACCGCUCCAGGACCCUAG